AUGCCAGCUAUUCAGCCAAACGACCACGUCCUUGUCACCGGAGGCUCGGGCUUCAUUGCAGUCUGGUGCGUCUACCAGCUCCUCGAGCGAGGCCACAAGGUCCGCACCACCGUUCGAUCCGACGCCAAGGGCAAAUACCUCCAAGACCUCUUCAAGAAGUAUGGCGACCAGCUCAGCUUUGUCAUCGCCGAGGAUCUUGAGAAGCAAGGUGCCUUCGACGAUGCCGUCAAGGGUGUCGACGCCGUGCUCCACACUGCUUCACCGUUCCACUUCAACAUUGACGGCGAUCCCAGGGGAACGCUCAUCAACCCCGCCGUCAACGGCACGCGCAACGUCCUCACCUCCAUUCACAAGCACGGCAAGGAUGUGAAGCGCGUCGUCAUCACCUCGUCCUUCGCGGCCAUCCUUGAUUCGACCCGCAAAGGCCACAUUGUCUACACCGAAAAGGACUGGAACAUCUCGAGCGUCGAAAACGUCGAAAAGCAGGGCAAGGAUCAGGAAGGUCCUGACGCUUAUCGCGCUUCGAAGACCAUGGCUGAGCGUGCUGCUUGGGAAUUUGUCGAAGAGAACAAGCCCACGUGGGACUUGGUCACCAUCAACCCGCCUCUCGUUCUGGGCCCCAUCCUGCACCAGGUUGCCGCUCCUGAGAAGCUCAACACCUCGGUCGGAUUUGUGUGGGGCCUCUUGCAUGGCUCCAAGAAGGAGGACGAUCUCCUCGCUCCCUCUGGCAACUGUGUUGACGUUCGCGAUGUAGCCUAUGCGCACGUCGAGGCACUUGUGCGUGCGGACGCGGGUGGCAACCGUUUUGCCACUUCGCUUGGGCCCUUUGUUUGGCAGGACGUGGCCGACGUCAUCCACGCUGACAACGCCGUUCCAUCCGAGUGGAAGAAGCAGGUGCCUCAAGGCAAGCACGGCGAGGGCUCUUCGGUCAAGCAAAACGAAUUGGACGGAUCCAAGGCCACCCGCGUAUUGGGUCUACGCUACAUUCAGAUGCAGGACGUCGUCAAAGACAUGGUCGCCAGUCUCGCCGACUACGAGAAGCGCGGCUGGUCCGGUGUGCCCAGCGAUCACCUUCUCUCCCUGACCAAGCAUUAG